GGAAAUUUUGGAAAAAUUUGAAAAUUUGAAUUGCGCAUUCACCAUCCAAUAUAACACAGACAGACAGAGAAUUUUAUACUCAUAUCACAAAAUGAACACGGGUUCCAGGAACAAAAAUUUUUUUUUUUUGGGUUGCGGCUGUUUAUAUGAUUCCUAUAUUCGUGUGUAUGUAUGUGUGUGGAUGAACUUGGAACAUCAUCUGAAACAUACGAUGAUGAACUGAGAUUUAGCCGAUUAAAAAUUCGACUUUUAUAUUAAUUCCAAUCAAUUAAAAAUGGAUUCCAAUAUCGAUCAUAUCUUUUUCACUAUAAAUAAUGAUGAUAAUCAACAAAAAGAUGUAGCUACCACCCGUCAUCUUGAAUCAUCACCGUUGAAUGCCGAAUCAAAAAUGUUACUUCCAGAUGUUCAUCAUCAUCAUCAUGAUACGACCACCACCAGUCUUUUAUUGUAUGAUUCAAUCAAUCCAACAGCAACAUUAGAAGUAUCAUCUACAAUGAUCAUCAAUGAAUCAUCAUCUAAUAGUACACAAAAUGAUGGACAAAAAAACAAAAAACUUACCAAUAAUAAUGAUGAUAAUAUUCAAAUGGAAUAUCAUUUCAAUCCAUUAUAUGUGAUUAGUGAUCGACAAAAUCAAUCUCAAAAUCAACAACAACGUUCAAUACAAGAUCAGGAAUUAGAGCCAAUACGUAAUGAUCGAAUUCCACCAAUUUAUUCAUCAUCAUCAUCAACAUUUGUUCAUGAAUUUUCCACAUCACCAUCAUCAUCAUUGCCCGUACCACGUGAUCAAUAUGGUUUAAUUUAUAUUUCAUUAAUUAUGGCCGGUGUCGGUUUUCUACUUCCAUACAAUAGUUUUAUGAUUGCAGUGGAUUAUUUUCAACAAAGAUUUCCUGAUACAACCAUCGUGUUCGACAUGUCAGCCACUUAUAUUGUAAUGACAUUUUUUACUGUGAUUAUACAGAAUUUAUUCGUGGAAAUUAUACCAUUUCGUUGGCGUUUAAAUUUUGGUUAUCUUGUUGCAUUAUUAUUCAUGAUGUUUGCUGUGAUUUGGGAGAUUUGGUUACGUUUAGGUUCAUAUCUGGAUAAUUUAAUUAUCAUUAGUAUAAUUGCCGUUGGUUGCAGUGUACAACAAUCAACAUUUUAUGGAUAUACAUCUAUGUUACCGAAAAGAUAUGUUCAAGCUGUGAUGAUUGGUGAAUCAGCUGCCGGUGUGUUUGUUUCAUUCAAUCGUAUUAUAACGAAAAUUCUUUAUCCAACAGAAUCAGAAUUCAAUACCGUAUUGUUUUUUUCCAUUUCAAUCAUUGUGAUUAGCAUCUGUGCCAUAGUACAUGUUGUUCUAUUACCACGUAGUAAUUUUAUUCGUUAUCAUUUAUAUCUUUGUCGUGAUAAUGAUAAUCCAAAUAAUCGUAGUCGUCGUCGUCGUCGUAAAUUUGAUGAUCCAAACAAUGCACGUAUAAUACAUCAGAUUAAUGAAAAUGUUGGACUAGUCAAUAUGUAUCAUCGAAAAGAAUCAGAAGCUAAAUUUGAAUCAAAUACACAAACAUCGAUGCUAUCGAUGGAUUCGCAACAACAACAACAACAAAUUUUUAAUGAUCAACAACCUGUUGUAGCAGAUGUUAUCAUUAACAAUCAAAAUGGGAACAAUUCAAUGUCAAUUUUAAAUCGUACUGCAAACAAUCAGGCUAAAGUACAGAAUAUAUUACGUACAGAUUCUACUGAAUUUGCUUUUUUUCGAUUUAUUUUUAGUUUCAUGUUUUUUUCCUAUUUUAGCGAUAACAAUCUUCAUCGAAUAUUGAUUACAUUACAUCAUAAAUACCUCAUACGGCGUGAUAUAAUCCUCGAAAUAUGGCCAUUUAUAUCGACAAUAAUCAUUGUCUAUCUCGUAACCCUUACCAUUUUUCCUGGCAUUGAAUCUGAAAUUCAUUCCUGCCGUUUUGGUGAUUGGUUCCCAAUCAUAUUGAUGGCGAUAUUUAAUUUGACGGAUUUUUUCGGAAAAUUAAUGUCAACACUGUUUUUUCGUAUCAAUCAUCGAUAUUUAUUAUUGAUUGCAUUUGGUCGUUUUAUUUUAAUACCAUUAUUUGUCUGGUCAAUAUUGCCCCAUCAACAAAAUGAAGAGCAACCAUUUUUCGCUAAUGCAUUUUGGCCAAUUUCAUUUACAAUACUUUUAGGCAUAACAAACGGUGUAUUUGGUUCAUUACCAAUGAUAUUGGCACCAUUUAAAGUUAAUGAACAAUGGCGUGAAAUAACCGGUAAUUUAAUGACAUUCUCGUAUAUUAUUGGUUUAACCGCUGGUUCAUUUUGUUCUUAUUGGCUCAAUAAUUGGACAUUGUCAUCAGCAUCAUCGUCGUCGUCGUUAACCCUAUCAUCCAAUCAUUAUCGUAUACAACAUUAUUGUCCAUCAGAAUUGGCGGCGAUAACAUCUACUACCACCACAACCACAACUACUGUAGCUACCACCAUUAAAUCACUAUCAGAUAUUUUAUUAAAUAAUUUUACAACAUCAAUGAUGACUACAACGAUGGUUUCGACGCCAAUCAACAAUUUAACAACAAUAAUGACAACCAGUUCCUUAAACAUGACAACAACCGACAUUUCAUCGAUGAUCAUAGAUCCUAUUUGAUUUAUUUUCCAUUUCCAUUGCCUUUGGCUUAUUUCCUUUGGCCAUUUUUGUUGUUUUUUUUCCACCCAUUCAUAACAUUUC